AUGUCCUUGAGUGGCAACACGAGCCAGUCUUCUCCAUCGAGGACAGCUCUGUCUCUGCCCUUGAACACCUCCACCUCUCCACAUUCCCUACCAUGGGAGGAGGGAAGAACCAGUCACGGGUCUGUGCAGGAGAGCCCAGGGAAUGAUACCCAGCUCCUCUCGAACCUCCUUGCUCUUGGGCAUGAUGAGCAGUGCCAUAUGUCUCCUAUCCUCACAGGGUGUCUAGUAGUGUGGUACAGCAUCACAAUGGUGCUGGGGUUGGUGGGGAACAUUGGCCUCAUUUGCAUCAUCACCCGUCGCAGAGAAAAAGUCAAUGUCACUAGCAUUUUCAUCUGCAACUUGUCAUUCUCUGACAUUCUGGUGUGUGUCUUCUGCCUACCAUUCACUGUCAUAUACACACUUAUGGACCACUGGGUGUUUGGGUCACUGUUAUGUCGACUUGUGCCGUUCAUCCAGUGUAUGUCUGUGACUGUUUCUGUGCUGUCUCUGGUGUUCAUUGCUCUGGAAAGACAUCAGCUCAUCAUCAACCCCUCUGGGUGGAAACCGAGCAUCCCUCAGGCCUACACAGCAGUUGUUCUCAUUUGGAUUCUGGCCUGUUUCACCUCUUCACCUUUCUUGGCCUUUCAGCUACUCACAAAUGAGCCCUACACUAAUGUCAUCCUUCCCCAGUCUCCUCUUCACCACCAAGCCUCUCAGGCUUAUCUCAAUGCAUCUCAACCUGCCACUUACACAUACAAAAACUCAUCCGUGCUUCAAAAUUCAUACCGCACCCUCUUUUCUUACGUCCCCACAAUUCCGCAUAUAGAGGCCUGUCUGGAACACUGGCCAUCCCAGCAACACAGGCUUGCUUACACCACAUGGCUCCUGCUGUUCCAGUACUGUGGCCCACUACUGCUGGUCCUGCUCUGUUAUGUUCGAGUUUUUGUGCGCCUUCGCCACCGCAAAGAAAUGCUUGACCGUGCCAGGACCCCAGAGAGCCAGCGCAUGAAGCACAGCCGCCGAAUCAACAUCAUGCUGGUCGCCCUCAUUACAGCCUUUGCUCUUUGCUGGCUGCCGCUCACCAUCUUUAAUGUGGUAUCAGACUGGAACCAGGAUGCUCUGCCCAUCUGCCACCACAACCUGCUGUUCUCCCUCUGCCACCUGCUGGCCAUGUCCUCCACCUGCAUCAACCCCAUCAUCUAUGGCUUCCUCAACUCCAACUUUCGGCAGGAGGUGAGAGAGGCACUCCUGCACUGCCGCUGCCAUCCACUAGAAGAAGAGUGUGAGCAUUUCCCUAUGUCCACUGUGCACAUGGAAAUGUCCCGCACCUCUAUGCCUCUUAACUGCAGGAGCAAUUCUGUCUGA